CCCCCCCACCUUCCCGGAGAACACGCCCCGAGUAUUUGGAGGAGAAGAGGCAGAUAGUAGCAGUAGCAUUGAACCUGAGGGGCUCCGGCUGUGCGCAGACCUGCCGCUCGCGGAGCGACGGGCGACAGACAAGGCGAGAAAGCCGGAAUAAAAGAAAAGGAGAGUGAGGGGUGGGGGUAGCGACGGAGAGGCUGGGAGAAGGAGGGAGCCAGGGAGACAGACAUCGAGAACCCGGGAGAUCAGACAGACGCGCACGCAUACACACACACACACACACACACACACACACACACACACACACGCGGACCCUUAGCCAGCGAGCGCGGGAGAGAAGGCCAGUCUAGAGCCAGACGGACCGACGCCCCGAGACGACCCCCUGACCCCAGCCCCCCCGCACCCCGGAGACCCCAGGGCGGGAUAUGGUGAUUGUCUCCACUGCCUCUCGGGAUUUACAAAGACAGCUCCGCCUGCUCAGGGCUCCUGCUCCAGCUUCUGCCCCUAGCCCCCGGGGCCCCGUCCCUCGAGUCACCAGGGGGGGCUCAGCCCCGUGGGGGGCGACCCUGGCCCGAGACUGAGCCCCAAACCCCAGCCCCCUCCCUACCUAGUGCAUGUGGAACUGAGCGCCGCCGGCCAGCGGGGAAUAUGAACCGGAAAGUAAGGCGCUGGAUCUGCCCCAUCUUCUUGAGCCUGGGCAUCGUCUACAUCAAAAUUGGGGGUUUCUCCUCCGUGGUGGCUCUUGGGGCCAGCAUCAUCUGUAACAAGAUCCCAGGACUAGCUCCCAGACAGAGGGCAAUCUGUCAGAGCCGACCUGACGCUAUCAUCGUGAUCGGAGAAGGGUCUCAAAUGGGAAUCAACGAGUGUCAGUUUCAGUUCCGAAAUGGUCGUUGGAACUGCUCAGCCCUGGGAGAGCGGACGGUCUUUGGGAAAGAGCUGAAAGUGGGGAGCCGAGAAGCUGCAUUCACCUAUGCGGUCAUUGCUGCAGGUGUGGCCCAUGCCAUUACAGCUGCCUGUACACAGGGUAACCUGAGUGACUGCGGCUGUGACAAGGAGAAGCAGGGCCAGUAUCACCGGGACGAAGGCUGGAAGUGGGGUGGCUGCUCUGCCGACAUCCGCUAUGGCAUUGGCUUUGCCAAGGUCUUCGUGGACGCAAGGGAGAUCAAGCAGAAUGCUAGGACCCUCAUGAACUUACACAACAAUGAGGCUGGACGUAAGAUAUUAGAAGAAAACAUGAAGCUGGAGUGUAAAUGCCACGGGGUGUCAGGUUCGUGCACCACUAAAACCUGCUGGACCACGCUGCCCAAGUUCCGCGAGCUGGGCUAUAUCCUGAAGGACAAGUACAACGAGGCGGUGCACGUGGAGCCGGUGCGGGCCAGCCGCAACAAGCGCCCCACGUUCCUUAAGAUCAAGAAGCCCUUGUCCUACCGCAAGCCCAUGGACACGGAUCUGGUGUACAUCGAGAAGUCACCCAACUACUGCGAGGAGGACCCCGCGACGGGCAGCGUGGGCACCCAGGGCCGAAUGUGCAACAAGACCGCCCCCCAGGCCAGCGGCUGCGACCUCAUGUGCUGUGGUCGAGGCUACAACACCCACCAGUACGCGCGCGUGUGGCAAUGUAAUUGCAAAUUUCACUGGUGUUGCUAUGUGAAGUGUAACACGUGUAGUGAAAGAACAGAAGUGUACACCUGUAAGUGAGCUGCGUGGGUUGGGGAGAUACUGGGGGACUGGGUGGGUGAGGGGGAUGUGGACGGAAAGGGGGAGGGAACGGCGAUGUGCUGGGCCGUCCUCCCAUUCUCCCCCUCACCAUCCCACUGCCCGCUGAGAAAGGAAAAAGAUGGAAAAAACCGAGGAAGAUGUUGGCAUGUGAUCUAGCCUGACCUUCUCCAGGCUGUCACCGAGAUCUACCGGGCCUCUUCCAAAAGACCAGCCUUGGGUGGAGGUUUUUUUCCUGACUUCUUAUGGGGAAGCUGGUACGUUUCCUGUUAGACCCAAGAGAAGAGCAGAGAGCAGCCAAUCCCAUCCUCUCCACAAGUACCCUCAGCCGCUAAGUCACUGGAGUCAGUGUGGGCCCGGGUGGCCUUAGGCAGACCACCAGGCUGGGCCAGGCCAGGCCCCUGGGGCUCAGGGUCAGCCUCCCCCUGGGAGCGAAUGGAUCCAUCUGCACAGUGACUGUUUGCUCCCCAGGAAUCAAACAUGGCAUAAGCACUGCGACUGACUACGAGAGAAUCUUGGCAUGGGGCCUCAGCCCCCCAGCGUGAUUAUCCCUGCAGAGUGCUACCCACCAGGCGCAUUGUCGCCUUAGCGCUCAUGGAAGUGCUUCAGGAAACUCUCAGCUGGUUUUCGUCUCACUCAAGUCACUUCGGCAAGCCGCGAUUGCUCCUGCUGCUCAACGUUGGCUAGAAAUGAGAUGGCCUUCCUUUGAGCUGCCAUAUUAUUAUUAUUAUUUUUUAAGCAGGGACGUCAGGCUCCCGGGCUUACUAAUAGCAAUAUUUAACAAUUUAUUCAGAUAAAAAAUAAUAUUAAUUUAUUUAAUUAAAAGAACUCUACCACCACUGGAAAAGAUUCUGCAAUCAAAGUAGGCUCCUUGCUUUCGUUGUGAGAUAAUUUUGUCAACUGGGCAAGGAACAAUUGGAAUUGUACAUAGUUAUUCUUUAUGCAGAUAUUUCUACUAGUUGAUUUUGCAAGUUAUUCCUUGCAGUCCUAGAUGUUUAAGUAUAAAAGCAGGCAUCUUUUUACAUAUAUAUAUUUUUUGCUGUUUGCUGCUAGUUGUCUGGAAACUCAAGUUGGCAUUGAUCUUGAGAUCUUUACCAGUACAUACCAAUACCUUCUUUCCCCCCAUCCCCUGCCAGGUAAGACUCACCAUCCUGAAAAUCGAGUUUGAGAUGCCUAUACAGAGAGACAGAAAUGAACUCCAGACAAUUUCCAUCUUUUGGAAAGUGACCCAUAGGAUAAGAGAGUAUAUUUUGUAAGAGACUAUUUUUAUAUGAAUAUUUUAUUUAUACUAUGUUUGCCUGUAUCAUGCUAUAACCUGUUCUACUUCUCAAAUCAGGCAGCCAACUCAUCCUGUUUAUCAGAGGAAGGCUGGUGAGGCCUUGGGAUGGAGGAGGAUGGAGCUCCGAGUGAGCCCAAGUGGGUCUCUUCCCCUCAUAUCACACAAACUCCCUCUUGGGAUCCAAUUUGCCAAGCAUGCAAAAGAUCCUUCAGUCACAUGGUUCAAAAGCGUGAUUGGUAUUAACAGGAUACUCUGUGAACCCAUUUGGAGGAAGAAAAAAAAAGCCAACCCCAACAAAUUUAAGCUCCCUUCCCCUUGUGGCCUGGAUCAGUCAACUGCGGCCCUGUGAUUAGCAAAAGCAGUGGGUGUAUUGGCCCGGAAAUCCCCACAUUGUGGUACUGUCACAAUGGAUCGGAUCAGCCAAGAUCAGCAGGCUCGGACGUUGCCGACCAGACGAACACACACACACACACACACACACACACACACACACACACACACACACACACACACAUCACUUGCCUCCCACAGAUAGUGGUUACUCCAGAACCCUGUUUUAAUGAUGAAAGGGGUUUGAGGAGAUGCCUUUGAGUUGCCUAGCUCCUACCAACAUUUUCUUAGAGGACUUUUCCAUAAGAUGCCAAAAUAUCCCAUCAAAAAAUAGAACAUUCAACCAGUUGACCUUUGGGUUCCUCAGCCUAUUCAUUGCCAAGCAGCUGCAGCCCCAAACUGACCAGUGGACUGGAGAGUGCAUUAUCCAAGACUGAAAGUGCAAACCACCCAAGGCAAAUUGAGAAAAAGUAGGUUCUCUCUUCUUCCAUCCUCUCCUGUCCUCUUUUUUCUUUCCUUCUCUGGGGGGACAGGUAGAGAGAGGCACUUAGGAGUUAGUAAGGGAAAGUUUCUAAAUCAUGGAAGCUCUUCUCUCCCCAAUCUUGCCUGGAUCUCCACCCUCUUACACUCAUUGCUUCCCAGGCUAGGAAGGUCUCAUUUGGGAGAAUGUGUACAUGACGUAAUGAAAAUAACCUUGAAUUUGGAGACCUAGAUUUGAAUCCUGACUCUGCUGCUUAAUUCUUGUGUAAGUUACCUUCCUUGAACCAGUUGCUUAACUUAUCUGGGUCUCAGUUUCUUUAUCUGGGGUUGCUCUUAACCAUUUUUGUAUCAUGGCCCCCUUUGGUGAGCUGGUGAAGACUGGGCUCCUUCUCAGAAUAAAGUUUUUAAAUGCAUACAGUACAAAACAUAAGAUUACCAAGAAUAACAACUCUAUUGAAAAACUAUAUGAGCUCUAUUUAAAAAUGCAAGUUCACGGACCCCAGGUUAAGAACCCCUGGAUUAAAUGAUCUCUCGGCUCCCUUCUAGCUUAAAUCCUAUGAUUCCUAGAGGAUUAAGUGCCAAGUAGUUGAUGUGUCCCUGUAGGUGGGUCUGCUUCCAUAUGUGGCUCUGUAUAUUGUUUGCGUGUGGGAGCAUAGGAUUUAGAGUUGACUGGGACCUGGGGUGGCUUGAACCAGAUUCAAAUGUAAUUGGGAAACAUUUAACAAAAUCAAUAAAAAUACAGUAGAACACAGAUAAUGUUAUGUGGUUUUCUAAGUCAAUAUAUGCCCACAAGGAUCCUUAUGCACAAUUUGGUGGUCCCCCUUUCUGUUUGGUGUAAUCUAACCCCAUUAUUUGAAAGACGACACACAGAAGUUUAGAGAGAAAUGAUUUGCCCAGGACCAUAUAGGAUUUGAACUCAGGUCUGCUGAUUCUAAAUCCAUUGCUCCUUCCGUCACCACUACCAUCUCUAUGUAGCUGUUUAUGUAGCCAAGUCUAUAUAGUCAUCUUACCUUGUUUCUGCAUUCAUUGCCUGUGUUCUAUAUGUUUCUGUGUGCUUGUCACUUAUUUUUUUUUUCUACCUAGUGAUGAACAGGAGUUGAUGGAGGUCAUUGGUGUCCUGUUCUUUUUGUAUACCCAACUUUUCCUCUUGGUAUUUGGGAACUUUUUCUAGCUCCUGCUGGAGAAGGAACUGCCUUUUAGAAGAAAAGACCCUGGGAGAGUAUUGGGGCUACUGACUGAUCCACAAUGCCCCUAUGAUCAUGACACCAGCGAAAAGCCAAGUAGAAUGGGGGCCCAGGGUCUCCAAAUCACACACCUUUCUGGGGUUGGUCAUCUGAUUAAGUGGGAUUUGGGGGUAAACCUCUUCUUAGAAAACAGACUCUGCUCCACACAGAGUGUAAUUAACCCCCUAGCCUGGUGUGCCUCUGCACACCUGCCACCUCCACCCUCCUAGCAGACCUGUUUCCCUACCAUUCAGCCCCAGGUGACCCCUAUCAAAUUGUCAUUUACCUUCACAGUGGGGAGUCAGAGCCCCAGCUGAGCAUAUAAUUAAAAGAAUGAAAGUAUUUUUGGUAAUAAGAAAGUUGUUAUCUUGUCAGGUUGGUUAUUUUCAUGCAAAAACAUCCCAGGCAGUCCUUGCUUUGGGUUUGGCUUUGGAGAUGCACAGCAGACACUGCCCUCGGAGGUUACAAGUCCAUCAAGGGCGAGGCCUGUUUCAUCUUGUGCCCCAAAACACCGAGGAUGGCUCCUUGGAGCUCCUACCCUUUCUCCUACCCCCCCCCCCCUCUCUUCCUCCAGUGCGAGUAUGGCCGCCCCCGUCCCGAAUGAGUCCAUCUCUUCCUGCUUUGGAGUUAGAAUCGGGGGAUAGAUGUCCCAUCUCUGCAUGGAUGGUGGCUGUCAUCUUGAAUCCUGGCCCUCGUUUGUGCCUGGGGCUUCAGUUUCUCCAUCUGUAAAAUGGGGAUAAUAAUAGUUACCUCCCUCACAGGGCUGUUGUGAGGAUCCCUUCGUUGGUGUUUGUGUGGCACGUUUAAGCUGCAGAGUGAUGAUGGGCGCUAAGCAUUAUUAUAAGCUCCUUAAAAACACCCUUCUUCCAAACACUUUUACUCACAGGAAUAAACAUUUGGAUCUCUGUAUGAUGAGAGUUUUCUUUUUCCUUUUGUUUCCUGAAGAAG